GGGGCGGCGCGAGCGGGCCGGCGAGGCUGUGCACCUGCGCCUCGGCGGGCUGCCUGGGGCACGGGCCCCCGCCCGCCCGUCCCCACCAUGGCCAGGCCGCAGCGGACUCCAGCACGCAGUCCCGACAGCAUCGUCGAGGUGAAGAGCAAAUUUGACGCUGAGUUCCGACGCUUUGCGCUGCCCCGCGCUUCGGUGAGUGGCUUCCAAGAGUUCUCGAGGUUGCUGCGUGCGGUACACCAGAUCCCAGGCCUGGACGUGCUGCUUGGUUAUACGGAUGCUCAUGGUGACUUGCUGCCCCUCACCAACGAUGACAGCCUGCACCGGGCCCUGGCCAGCGGGCCCCCACCACUACGUCUACUAGUGCAGAAGCGGGAAGCAGACUCCAGUGGCCUGGCUUUUGCAUCCAACUCCCUGCAACGGCGUAAGAAAGGGCUCCUGCUGCGGCCAGUGGCAUCCCUACGCACCCGGCCACCCUUGCUAAUCAGCUUGCCCCAAGAUUUCCGCCAGGUCUCUUCAGUCAUAGAUGUGGACCUACUGCCUGAAACCCAUCGACGGGUGCGACUGCACAAGCAUGGUUCAGACCGCCCCCUGGGCUUCUAUAUCCGAGAUGGCAUGAGCAUGCGUGUGGCUCCCCAGGGCCUGGAGCGGGUCCCAGGCAUCUUCAUCUCCCGCCUGGUACGUGGGGGCCUGGCUGAGAGUACAGGGCUACUGGCAGUCAGUGAUGAGAUCCUCGAGGUUAAUGGCAUUGAGGUGGCUGGCAAGACUUUGGACCAAGUAACAGACAUGAUGGUCGCCAACAGCCAUAACCUCAUUGUCACUGUCAAGCCUGCCAACCAGCGCAAUAAUGUGGUGCGAGGGGCAUCUGGGCGUCUAACAAGGCCACCAUCUACAGGGCCUGGGCCUGCUGAGGCGGACAGUGAUGAUGACACCAGUGACCUGGUCAUGGAGAAUCGCCACCCUUCCUGUUCUAAUGGGCUGUCUCAGGGGUCUCCAUGCUGGGACCUGCAACCUGGCUGCCUACUUCCUGGUAUUGGUAGCUCUCUGCCUUCCCUGAAUGGCCAGGAGCAGACCAGCUCUGUCUGGGGGAGUGGCAUUCGAGGAGAUGGUAGUGGCUUCAGCCUCUGACAGGCAAAGAUGUAGUUUCUUGUCACUGUAGGCUGCUGAAACAUGGCAGAAAGACUUCUUGGUAGGGGGUUUUAGCUUGCUCACUUGGGGAACAUUAAAAGUUUUCUAUAAAUACAG